AAGCCCACAUCUCCUACACCCUGAGAAUACCUCGGAAAUCUUGUCAACGACGGUGAUUCUAAAAACUAUAAAUUUAUCAGUUAAUUUUACAAAAUGGAUUGCUGCUACAGCGAAUUCUUUAAGAGUAGAUUUGAGAUAUAUUUGAUUUUACAUAGAUAUAAAACGUAAUUUACAUAUUUAUCUGAUGUAAAAACAUUGAGUGUUUUCAAGAAAAAAAAUCUAAUCACCAUUUAAAUGUUUAAUACCAAUAACAUUUGAAAAGAGCAAUCUCGAGCGUCAGAAAUUGUCAGAAAUGCCGAGGUUUUCGUGAACCAAAAUGAAUUGCUUAAAGCUAUUGGAAAGUCUUGAUAUAUUCGGUUAUGUCGGUAUUUGCAUUAGUAUUGAAAGUUCGCAGCUACUGCAAAAUUCGUUACUGAUUUUGCAGACGGAAAAUCAUUUUCAAAAAUGUUAUUAUUGGGGCAGGAUCAAUGGAGUACAAAACGACUAUCAUAUCGCAUACGGUUUUGAAAAGGACUGCAUGAACGAUCAGAAAUAUUAUUACAGUACAAAUACUAUGGAUUGGGUACUGAUGCCAGAAGUAACAAAAUCUGCACGAUUCCUGAGUCCCUUGGCAAUUAAUCAAUUCGAAGGUGAUCCGUCCAUUGUCACAAAUGUUUAUGAUAUCAAUCCACCAUUUCCGCCAGAUGAAGAUCCCAAGAUUUAUUAUGACGAUCCUAUGCCGAAAGAACUGAAAGAGGAGGAUCGUCUUGCGGCCACCGUGGAAUUGAUCACGGAAGAUGCUGCAAUUAUUCCGCGAGGAGCCUGGUAUAAGUGCCCGAACGGUGACGUAAUCGAGAAUCCGAGUUUCGCCGGUCUGGGCGAAGUGGAUGCUUCAAAUCUAAAGUCCUACUUGCAUGUCCGUCCGCCAAAAGAGAAGUGGGACGUUAAUUUAUCAAUCCGUCCCGAUUACAAUUACGCGCUGGACUUCUUGGACAGUAUAGAUAUGGAUGUUCCUCAGGAAUGUUGGAAUCUGCAGUCUCUCUUGGGCGGUCGUCUGGUUAUUUUGCAUAGUUUGUAUUGGCACGGAAUGACCUUCUUUCAUAAAUUGAACUCCCCACAUCAUGGAUUUUUGUACGUCGGUCAUGGAAAAAAGAAUCUAGACCUUCCGUUCAUGAUCUGACGCGAGAUACAUAAAUGACUGUACGGGAAUACGAAAUGUCAUUGUAGACAACAAUGUAAUACAUGAUGAUGCUAAGUGAUUCAAAUUUCAAGCGUAAAUGUAUAUGGCGUGACGACGACGUCAUUUAGCUUAUUUUAAUGUAGUAUAUGCGUUGUUUAUAAUGCGAAGCAAUGCAAUGAGUUGCAAGAGCGAAACGCCCGCGGUUGAACGAUCGGUUAAUCGAUACGCCGCCCGUCAACAUAAUUCGUAACGCCAUUGUCCUUAACGUCCGUUUCCCGUCACGAAAAUCCGUUGUCUGCGCGUAUUUCUGCGCGACACUGCGUGUCCGCUUUCGGCGACAUCCUCGAAUUUGCGACAACGUUAAAUUUCGUGCUUCCUGCGGAACGGUUUCGUGCAUUCCCGCGCCAGUCUGUCUCCCUGGAUUCCGCGAAAGGAAACUUGAUGUAGUGAUUGAAAUAGCUUGUAUUGCGAGGAAACGAAUUCCGAGAGUCUCAUAGAAUAUUCCUGACAAGUAAAUUUUACAUUUGUAGUAGAAAAGAAUGAAAUGUGAUUUUGUUAAUGUUGAUUUAAUUUUAAUAUUCGAUCAAAUAUGAAUGUUUAAUCUUUUUUAAUGUUAGAUGAAACAAUAAAAAAU